GGGGAGGAGCCGGGAUGCCGCUCCCGCGGUGAUGCAGAGGGGAAUUUGCUGACAGUCCCUUGCCAGGUGGGGCUGGCUUCACCAGGCCCGCGACGAAGACCGGCUGGCUGUCUCCUCCCAGCUUCCGGGUAGCUGAGCGAAGCCCCCAGGCCUGACUUAGACCCUCUCUGGAGAACUGACGCAGGAAGAUCCCAGGAUGGCUGCCGUGCAGGGCAACCUGAAUAUGGUGAAAGAGACACAGAACAUGACAGCACACAACUGCUUCAAUUCUCAGAGCACCGUCCUGCAGGGGCAGCCCUUUGGGGGAAUCCCCACUGUGCUGUUCCUCAACGUCAUCUUGUGGGUGGUCAUCAUUUUGGUUUAUUCCUUCCUCCGGAAAGCUGCGUGGGACUAUGGGCGCCUGGCUCUGCUCAUUCACAAUGACAGCUUGACUUCACUGAUCUAUGGGGAGCAGAGCGAGAAGACAUCUCCCUCGGAUAUUUCCCUGGAGAUGGAACACAAGGACAAGGGCUUCUAUUCCUGGUUCUUCAACACCAUCACCAUGAAGAACGAGGAUCUAAUUAGCAAGUGUGGAGACGAUGCCCGCAUCUACAUCAUGUUCCAGUAUCAUCUCAUCAUCUUUGUGCUUAUCCUCUGCAUCCCCUCCUUGGGCAUCAUCUUGCCCAUCAACUACACUGGAACCGUUCUGGAUUGGAAUAGUCACUUCGGUCGGACCACCAUUGUCAAUGUCUCCAUAGAAAGUAAGGUCCUGUGGCUGCAUAGCUGCUUCUCCUUCCUCUAUUUCGUCAUUAACUUCGUCUUCAUGACCCAUCACUGUUUAGGGUUUGUGCCCAAGAAGAGCCAUAAGGUCACCAGGACACUAAUGAUCACCUAUGUCCCCACGGACAUCCAAGACCCAGAAAUCAUCAUUAAGCAUUUUCAUGAGGCCUAUCCAGGAUGCGUGGUGACCAGAGUCCACUUCUGCUAUGACGUCAGGACCCUGAUCGAUUUGGAUGAUCAGAGGCGCCAUGCGAUGCGGGGCCGGCUCUACUACACUGCCAAGGCCAAGAAGAAUGGGAAGGUGAUGAUCAAGAUCCACCCCUGUUCCCACCUGUGCUUCUGCAAGUGCUGGACCUGCUUCAAAGAGGUAGAUGCAGAACAAUAUUACAGUGAGCUGGAGGAGCAGCUGACUGAUGAGUUCAACGCUGAGUUCAACCGCGUUCGGCUGAAGCGCCUGGACCUGAUCUUUGUCACCUUCCAGGACUCCAGAAUGACGAAGCACAUCCAGGAAGAUUACAAGUACAUCCAGUGUGGCGUGUCCCCCCAGCAGUCCUCGGUGUCCACCACUGUCAAAUCCUACCGCUGGAGGGUUGCCCUUGCCCCACACCCUAAAGACAUUAUUUGGAAACACCUGUCCGUCCGCCGCUUCCAUUGGUGGGCCCGCUUUAUCGUAAUCAACACCCUCCUCUUCUUCCUCUUCUUCUUCCUCACCACGCCUGCCAUCAUCAUCAACACCAUCGACAUGUACAACGUCACCCGCCCCAUUGAGAACCUGCAGAGCCCAGUCAUAACCCAGUUCUUCCCCUCCCUGUUGCUCUGGGCAUUUACAGUGAUAAUGCCUCUGAUGGUCUACUUCUCUGCCUUCCUAGAGGCCCACUGGACCAGAUCAAGUCAGAAUCUGAUCAUAGUGAACAAGUGCUACAUCUUUCUGGUGUUCAUGGUGGUUAUUCUGCCCUCUAUGGGACUGACCAGUUUGAAUGUCUUUUUCCGCUGGCUCUUUGACAUCUACUAUCUGGAGCAGGCAUCCAUCCGGUUCCAGUGUGUGUUCCUGCCAGACAAUGGCGCCUUCUUCGUCAACUAUGUGAUCACGGCAGCUUUGCUUGGCACGGGCAUGGAGCUGUUGCGCCUGGGGUCACUCUUCCUGUACAGCACCCGCCUCUUCUUCUCCAGGUCGGAGCCAGAGAGAGUCCACAUCAGAAAGAGCCACGCCAUGGACUUCCAGUACGGGCGAGAGUACGCGUGGAUGAUGAACGUCUUCAGCGUGGUCGUAGCAUACAGCAUCACCUGCCCCAUCAUUGUCCCUUUUGGCCUGCUGUACCUGUGCAUGAAGCACAUCACGGACCGCUAUAACAUGUACUACUCCUACGCGCCCACCAAACUCAACGAGCAGAUCCACAUGGCUGCUGUCUACCAGGCCAUUUUCGCGCCACUCCUGGGUCUGUUCUGGAUGCUGUUCUUCUCCAUUCUGAGAUUAGGUUCGCUCCACAACAUCACCUUCUUCUCCCUUUCCACGCUCAUUAUUUCCAUGGUAGUUGCCUGCCUUAGCACUCUUCUGGGGAAGCUCCGGACGGUAUCUUACUAUGAGCCCGAGGAGGAGAUGGAGACCGUGUUUGACAUGGAGCCAAGCAGCAGCACCUCCACACCCACCUCCCUUCAGCUGUACGUGGCUACUGUGCUGCAGGAGCCGGAGAUGAACCUGUCCCCUGCCUCCUCCCCUGCUCGGCACACCUACGGCACCAUGAACAGACAGCCUGAGGAGGGAGAAGAGGAGAGCAGUGUGAGGGGCUUUGCGAGGGAGCUGGGUUCCGCUCAGUUCCAGGACGGGCUGGAACUGGAGGGCCAGAGCCAGUACCACUGACCAGGACCAGAGGCCUCCACCUGGCGACUCCAGCGGGAGCAGCGGCCAGGGGAGGGCCCGGCGAGUAGGGGGGAGGCAGGAGGGCCACCCGGACCUCCCCACUACCUCCCGCAGACUCUGGGAAGGCCCCAACAGAGACACCUGCGCCCUGGGUGUUGGCCACAUGGAGACCCAAACCUGCUGACCAGCUAGAAUGGAAGGUGCCGGGCAGUGCAGAGGGCAGUGCCGAGGGCCCCCGGGAUGGGAUGGAGGAUACAGGCAGCGCCACGUCUUGGGAACAGCCGCCAAAGCCCUGGGCACAGAGACUACAGGCUAAGGGACCUUGCUGGGGUCGAAAUGGAGAAGGUGUGCAUAAGGGAGGAGGCAGAAGGAAACCCACCGAAGACUCUUCAGGGUCCUCUCCACGCUUUCACCAGCUGCCCUGCCAAGGAGCUUCCACCGCUGCUCCUACGCCAUCCCCCACCCCUACUCCAGUCCCUCCCCUGCGGUCUGAGGAAGCCCAGGUAUUUGUGCUAAGCCUCAUCAACGACAUCCCCAGCGUGGGGAUCUGUAAAGAGAAGUUUCUGCACGCACCUGGGGCAUGCGGCAGCUGAGACCAUAGACCUGAGGGGAGGCAGUGGAGACCUGUCCUAUUCCUCUGCCCCUCGGCAGACAUCCCCAGGAGCAGCAGGGUGGAGACCCUUAUCCUUUCUAUUCUCACAAGGGCAGCUGGGACACGAUCACUCGGGGCUCAUUAAACGGGACCUGUGUGCAUUUUGA